AUGAAGCAGAGGAUAGCGGGUGGCGACACGGCGGCGCCAUAUCUUCACGAAGAAAUCAUCAGACAAAUUCUGAAACGACUUCCGGUGAAAUCCCUAAUCAGAUUUCAAUGUGUCUCCGAACGCUGGAAAAAUCUCAUCAAGUCGCCGUCUUUCAUCGACGAACACCUCCAUUACUCGACUCAUCAAAACCCUUCACUUCUUCUUAGGAAAAGUAAUGGACGUUUUAAACCUUUGCAGUUACGUUUGAUGGAUUCUGAGAUGCACGUUCGUGAAGUUCAAAACCCACCUUUACCACUCCGUUCCUUAUUGACAUUUAGUAUCGUUGGUUCCUGUAAUGGCUUGGUUUGUGCUGAAAUCGAUGGGAUGAUAAAUCUGCCUCCUCCGCAUCCUUUUUGUUGUGGAAUCCUGCUACUGGGGAUGUUAGAAAAAUCCCUACAACCAGAAGCUCUAAACAUCCUUAUGAGUCGGUUUACGUCGGAUUUGGGUUCAGUACGAUUGUUAACGAUUAUAAAAUAG